CGUCUGUAAUCUACGAAAACAGAUCCAGAGAAGGUAGUGAGUAAUAUGUCGCUGCGCUGAUUUGUCACGUUCGGAUUUUUCGAAAUCUCGUGUCUAUAUAAAUACGCGGCGCGCUCGCCCAGAAGCAUUACAGCUGCGAACUGCAACGACGAGCAGGAGAUUUAGUAAAGCGGAAAUUUCUAGAAAGAAACGGCAAUGUCACGCUUGAGUAUCUACGUUGUGUUGCUGACGUUGUUCGGAACGUUCCUGGCGCAGGAGCAAGGGAGGCAGGACGACCAACCAGUUCAGGCGAGAUUCGGUUUCUUCAUGCUGGAAUAUCUACGGCAGUUAUUCUGCAAAUCGCCCAUGUGUACAUCCGCGGACAAGAUGCCGUAUAUCUCGAAUAUCAUGUGUGCCGCUAAGUGUCCCGAAUUGUAUCUGCCGCACGCUACGACCGAAGCACCAGGAAACGCGUCAUCGACAGCAUCGCCGCCGACGACCAAUGCGACCGCAGCGCCAACGACGACCACCAGCACCACAACGCCCGCGACAACCGCGACUUCUGCUACCCCGACUGUGACAACUACUACUCCGUCUGCGACGACGCCUUCUACUACUCCGUCUGCGACGACGCCUUCUACCACUCCGUCUACGACGAUGCCUUCUACUACUCCGUCUGCGGCGACGCCUUCUACUACUACGUCUAUGACGACGCCUUCUACUACAGCCUCUACUACUCUGUCUACGACGACGACUACUACUCCGGCUCCUCCUGCUCCUAUGGGCUAAAUAAAACGAUCCGACGAGGUGCGAACACGACGAUAUGACGAGUAUCAACGCAACGUUAUCGCUAACGGACAGAAGAAACUACUUUUGUAAAUCAGAAAACGAUACUGUACGACGAUAAAAUAAGCAGCGAGGAAUUUUUGAUUGACUUCGCAAGUAUGUUUGUAAUUUGUGCGACAGAUGUCGCAGCAUUCCUCAAAAACACUACUCCGGGUUAAGAAGAAAGGUUUCUUCCGCUUGUAUGAAGUCACUUACAGAGCGCUGAUAAAAACGAUCCUGACGUUACCAGCGCCGCCGCGUGAAAAAAAAUUCGCACGGCAAGUAAAGCGCGCGAUCUUUCCUUAUGUGGACAUAGCGCCUUCCUUCUCUUCCCGUUUCACGGAUCUCCCUUCGUUCCUGAAAUGAGGCGUGCGGUAAUUAGCGGCGGUGAAAUUAUUCGCAAGCCACGCCGAUAUUGUUUUAACGCGCACGAAUCUGCAUUUAAUUGUCCAAUUCCGCUUCGAAAUCCCGAUACUCGCGGAUUCUCGGAGGCGAAAUUUGGCCGCGCAAAUGAAAUUUGCGUUAUAUAAAUUUCCGUACGCUGUAUGAAUUACGCGCGAUUCGUUUCGGCGGAUUUGUUUUACGCGCGCUCGAAUUUGCAUAAAUUGCGGAGUGCGGUGGAAAUUGUUUAAUACGUUCGGCCUCUCGGCGGCGGAGGACACGCUGACGCGAAGCGCCCGCCGGGCGUCUCUCGGGAAAGGAAGAGCGAAACUCAUCAAUGUAGAAAAUAAGACCUUGCUCUCGUUGUGAAAGUAAUGUCGGCCGGCCUAUUACGAGGAGCUUACGUCCUCUCACUUUCUGCGUGCACGUACAAUGGGCCGUCGGGCGAAUUACAUCAAAUGCAGUUUAACGCCGUAAGAGGUGAGUCCUGUUAAAUCGCCGCGGCGCGGCAAGAACGCCCAGGUAUUCUCAUCCCGAGCACGUGCAGAUUCUUCAGCAUGUAUCCCCGUUCCUGUAUAUUAUCGUGUCUCACACCUCACCUCACCAAAAAUAUCAUUGCAUCAAAUGCAAUUGAUGAACGAUCGAGGUAAUACUAUAAUAUUUGGUACACUCGAGGCUCCGCAGCUUCGGUAUAAUUCGACGUUUAAAGCCGAAAUUCGGAGCGUCGAAUUUUCGGACUCUGCUCGAGGACUCGAAAUAUCGGAGCCCUUAGUGGAACUAAUCUUGCGCUUGUCCAAUUUGAUCAGUAUCUUUAAUUCUUUCGAAGUUUCGAGUAUUCAGCCUAUAUGGCGCUUUCGAAGCUGCGAAGCUUCGACGUUUGAACUUGAAAUUCGGAGUUCCGAGUCUUGGAAACUCGAACUGUCGAAAGUCUCAAUAGAACUAAUUCUGUGUUUAUUCAAAGUUUCGGACGUUUAGGCGCUCGAGAUUCUUAAUAGAACUAAUUCCAGAGAAUGCAACAAGAUUCU